UGACCUGCUAAUCUAAAAUUGCAGUGGGUCCCUUGCCCUUAACCAUGGUCCUUUACCCUUUACAAAGUUUAAACCUUGGAUGGUUUGUGCUUCCCCAACUCCAAGCAAACGAUCUCUGUACUGUAAGCAAGUCUGAAAAGCUUUUGCAGUUGCAACGCAAUCUGGAAGUGAUACAGUGCAAGCAUGCUAACUACCAACUACAAUAGCCACCAACCAGUCAAGCUUCUUCUUCUAUUUAUCAAAACGCCAAGGAACCUAUUAACUGUAAUUGCAUUCUGACUCUUUAAUCAUGAAUAAAAAUGAGUACAACAUAUAUCUAUCCAUCACAUAAUACAAAUAUCCACUUGACCAACAAGUUGGUUCCACCAUCUAAACAUUUUUAAUUUAGGGGAAAAGAUCAGGCUUCACUUGAGUGUUUCAGCUGCUACAAUCUCUCUGCUUUCCUUUCUUUUCUUUUUCUUUUUUUUGGUAAAAUACAAUCUCUCUGCUGAUUCAUUCUUUUCUCUUCUUUUUAUUUAUAGCUUUUGUGCUAUUAAUUACAAUAAGACAAGUGUUUCUUUCUGAAAGAAUUUGUACAAUCACUACUACUGCAUGUCACCAGUUCCUUGUCCUUUU